GUUUUGUCCUAAAUCUACCAUAUCAAUCUUUUACGAACUGCGCAUGUACUCAAGGGAAAUAUUUAGGUUCUCAAUAUAAAAUUUGUCCUAGUGGUAUUAGAACAGACAAUCCAAAUGGUAUCUGGGAG